AUGAUUUCGGUUCGAACCGUUAACAGCUGCUCUAUAUUUCGCUCGUCACCUCCCCUCUCUUCCUUUCGCUGCCGUUCCAAUAGCCAUUUCGGGACCUCCUCUUCCUUACAUUAUGACCGCUACUCCAAAUCAGGCUUUGGCUUCCCUAUAUUCCGGUUCGGCCUUCCAAUUCUGGGUCAUAGCGAUGCACGGAGCUGCUCCCUUCACAGUUUCAUCGAUAUGGUCUUGGAAGAGCUGGCUGCUUAUCGCAAAGGCAGACGCUUACGCAAAGGAUUUUUAGUGGAGUUCAAGAAGGAUUCAGACAGAGUGUUGCUGGCGGUGGUGCAGAGACGUGAUGGAAAGAAGAAUUGGAUGGUGUACGAUCAGAAUGGUGUUACUUCUUCAAUUAAACCCCAACAGAUUACUUAUAUUGUUCCGGGUGUUGAGAAUUUUGACCAAACCCAAAUCUCAAGCUUUAUUCGGAAAGCUCAGGAUAACUUGGACCCCUCAUUGCUUGAGUUUGCUUGGAUUGAGCUUCAUGAAAAGAAUAAGUCAGUUACGCCUGAAGAAUUAGCUGAGAUGAUUUUUGGUAGUGUAGAGCCUCUUGAAUGUUAUUGUGCCCAUCUCUUGCUAUCAAAGGAUGAAAUAUAUUUCACUGUGCUGGAGACAAAAGGUUCUCGCUCUCUUUAUGGGCCUCGAUCUACCAUGCAGCUACUGUGCACAUUGAGAGCUGACUACGAUAGAUAUCUUGUGCCUAUUGGGCUAGGGAUGGGUCUUGCAGUCAAGCUCCCUCUUGGCUUUGCACUCGAGGGCCAAUCUCUUUCUGGCCUGAGGAAAGUUUUGAACGCCUCCAUUACCAUUUGGGAGGCCUAUGCCCCAUAG